AUGCUGAGCAGCGCAGCUCUCAAGCGGCUUACGGCCGCCACAGGUAUCGUCCUUCUCUGCUGUGGUGUUGUUCUCAUCGCCGUGGGAAGCUUUGUGCAUGCCAGACUGAACCCAUUCGGGGAGUUCUAUGCCGGACGCUUAGGUCCAGCCAUCAUCCUCAUCGUCAUGGGCGUCAUAUCCUUUCCUCUAGUUGCUCUUCUCUCCUGGGCUAUCCUACGUGAACAUCUACUGGCCCUCCUCCUAUUCCUGCUCAUCCUCGCAGGAAUCAUAGCGUGCGAAAUUGGUGCGGCCGUCGCCAUAUUCGAAUAUCGCUUCGUCAUUUGGAUGACGGUGCGGGAGAGAGUGCUCUACGACCUGAACGAAUGCAGAGGCUUCGGCUUGCAGUACGUCCAAGAGAGACUUUAUUGCUGCGGAGGACCCUUGGGGAUAAACGACUACCGAGACCGAGGUUUGCCAGUGCCAUCAACCUGUUGUCCUUCCGGCAUAUGUCCACCGUGUGAUUUGAGACUGGAGAUGCACUACCGGUAUUUCAUCGAACACGUCGGUGCCACUGCCAUCGUGAUGCUCUGCCUCCAGUUCCUUUCGCUGCUCUCGGGCUGCUUGCUCGCAUUCGUGGUCAGAGCGGAGAACGCGCUCAUAUACACAGUGAACGAGUAG